GGGCUCUACCACACUGCCAUGAAGCUGAUGAGACAAGGAGACCACCAGUUCUUCAAGAAGUUUUAUCGGAUGAGCCCAGCUACCUUCGACAUGCUGCAUGAGCUGGUGCAGGCAGAUUUGCAGCGCAUGCACUGCAUACGUGAGCCCCUGGCAUCGGAAGAGCGACUUGCCAUCACUCUGAGCUACCUUGCAUCCGGUCAAGAUGUGAAGGACGUGGCCUUGGCGUACAGGGUCGGGCUGGAAACAGCUCGGCUGGCUGUUCACGAGACCUGCCGCGCCCUCUGGGCCAGACUGUGCCCCAUUUACAUGAAGCCCCCCACGGAGGCUGAAUGGGUCGAAGUGGGAAAUGGCUUCUCGCGGAGGUGGCAGUUCCCGAACUGCCUUGGAGCAGUGGACGGGAAGCAUGUUGCGAUAACCUGCCCCAAGAACUCUGGCAGCACCUAUUACAACUACAAGCACACCUUCUCCAUAGUGCUGAUGGCGGUCGUCGACAGUGGCUACCGCUUCGUUUUAAUCGACGUUGGGGCCGAGGGACGGCAGAGCGAUGGGGGAGUCUUCAAGGCAUCCGAUUUUGGGCAAGCCCUCGAGAACGGCACCCUCAACCUCCCCGACCUGGGCAAGCUCCCCCGGUGCCAGGAUCCUCGACUGGCCCCUCACGUCUUCGUCGGGGACGAAGCGUUUCAGCUGAGGCCCGAUUUUCUGCGGCCAUAUCCCGCCAAGGACCUGACCGGGGAGAAGCGGGUCUUCAACUACAGGCUCAGCCGAGGAAGAAGGUGCGCUGAAAAUGCCUUCGGCAUAAUGGCGGCUCGGUGGAGGAUCCUGUUGCGGACAAUCAACCUGAUUCCACAAAAUGUGGAUUACGUCGUCAAGGCCACGUGCGUGUUGCAUAACUACCUGCUGGAACACCGCGAGCAUCCCGAAGGCUAUGCAGAUAAGGACGAUUGUUUCGGGAACACCACAGAAGGGUCCUGGAGAGCAGAAACGUCGGAGGCUUCGAAGAAGCUGCUCUUCUCGAUGCAGCCGACAUUUUCUCGCAACUUCUCAGAUGAGGCUGGGGCAGCUAGAGAAGUAUACACCCACUACUUCUCUAGUCCACCAGGGGAGGUUAAGUGGCAGUGGAAGUUGCCUGGCGUAGACAAAGGAAAAAUCCAAAGAGGUCUCGUGCAGAAAGGUGCAAUGAUGAAGUAAAGCCAUGUUCCAGAUUU